AUGGGCGGCCGCCUGGUUGCGCCCAGCCGUUCCGGGGGCUUCCUCUGCCUGGCUUGGCUACUGCUACUGCUGCUACUCCUGGCCUCCGCUUUGGGCAAGACCAUUCGCUACCACGCUUACGAGGAAGACCCUCCCGGCACGGUGAUCGGGACUUUAGCCGACGAGUUGCCCCUGAAAGGGGCGUCCGGGGGCGAGAGAACUUUCCGGCUGGUCAAGGCGCCGGGCAACGGGUCUCUGGUGCGGGUGCGCGAGCGGGACGGGCAGCUGAGCCUGGGCUCGGAGCGGCUGGACCGGGAGCAGCUGUGCGGCGGGUCGGCGGAGGCGCCCUGCCUGCUGGCCUUCGACGUGCUGAGCCUGGGGGGUCCUGGGGGGUCCCCGGCGCCCUUCCGCCUGCUGCACGUGGAGCUGGAGGUGCGGGACAUCAACGACCACGCGCCGCGCUUCCCGCAGCCGCUGGUGGCCCUGGAGGUGUCGGAGAGCGCGGCGCCCGGCACCCGCCUGCCGCUGCCCCUGGCGCACGACCCGGACGCCGGCUCCAACGGGCUGCAGAGCUUCUCCCUGUCGCCGGGCAGCCCCUUCGGCCUGGAGGCGCAGAGCCGGGCCGACGGGCUGCGCUGCGCCGAGCUGGUGCUGCUGCGCGGGCUGGACCGGGAGGCGCAGGCGGGCUACCGGCUGGAGCUGGUGGCGGCCGACGGCGGGAGCCCCCCGCGCUCGGGCACGGCCACGCUCAGCGUGCGCGUGCUGGACGCCAACGACAACGCGCCCGCCUUCCCCCGGGGCGCGCUCCUGAGCCUGGAGCUGCCCGAGGACGCGCCGCCGGGCGCGCUGCUGCUGGAGCUGGCCGCGGCCGACGCCGACGAGGGCGCCAACGGGCAGCUGCACUACGCCUGGGGCAGCCAGGUGGGCGCCGAGGCCCGCCGCCUCUUCAGCCUCGACCCGCUCUCCGGACGGCUGGCCCUGCGCGCCCCCGUCGACCACGAGCGGCAGCGCGCCUACGAGCUGGACGUGCAGGUCAGCGACCGCGGCGCCAGCCCGCUCUCCGCCAGCUGCAAGGUGCUGGUCCGCCUGCUGGACGUCAACGACAACGCCCCCGACGUGGCCAUCAGCGCCCUGGCGCCCGGGGGUGGCGGUGGCGGGGCUGGCAACGGCGGCGCGGACGAGGCGGAGACGGCCGGGCUGGCGGCGGAGACGGCCGGGCUGGCGGUGGCGUCGGUGAGCGAGGCGGCGGCCGCGCAGAGCCUGGUGGCGCUGGUCAGCACCUCGGACAGCGACGCGGGGGCCAACGGCCAGGUGCGCUGCGCCCUGCUGGCCGCCCCCCACCAGCCCUUCGCCCUGCAGCGGGCCUACGACGCCGCCAGCUACCUGGUGCUGACCACCGGCCCCCUGGACCGCGAGCGGGUGGCCGAGUACAACCUCACGCUGGUGGCCGAGGACCUGGGCUCGCCCCCGGCCAAGACGGUCCGCUCGCUCACGGUGCGGGUGGCCGACGAGAACGACAACGCCCCGCGCUUCGCCAAGGCCCGCUACGAGGUGGCCCUGCCGGAGAACAACCCCCCGGGGGCCUACCUGACCACCGUGGGGGCUUCCGACCCGGACUUUGGAUCCAACAGCAAGGUGAGCUACCGGCUGCUGGACGACCAAAUCAUGGGGGCCUCUAUCUCCACCUACGUGUCGGUAGAUCCGGCCACCGGAGCGAUCUACGCCCUCCGAACGUUCAACUAUGAGAUCCUGAAAGAGGUGGACUUGUCCAUCCAAGCCACGGACGGGGGAUCUCCUCCGCUCUCCAGCACGGCCUUGGUCAAGGUACGGGUGAUGGACCAAAACGACAACGCUCCGGUCAUCACUUCUCCUGCGCUCACCAAUGGGUCCCUUGAAAUUGGGGUGUCCAGCAGAGCUUCCCGGGACUCCCUUGUGGUCCACGUCAAAGCCAGGGACGCAGAUGAGGGGGUCAACGCAGAGUUGAGCUUCGCUUUCUCGGAGGAUCCCCAGCAGCAGGAAAGAUCUCUAGACCUUUUUGCCAUCAACCAGAAAACGGGGGAGGUUACGCUCAGAAGGAGCUUAUCUGAAGAACAGCUGGGCCAAGUCUAUCCUUUGCUUCUGACUGUGGUGGACAACGGGCUGCCACCUCUCUCCACCACUGUCGUGGUCAACUUCCUGGUGACUGCAUCGCUACCUCCCUCUAGUGGCCAGGAGUCGGUGGCCAAGCCCAGCUCUUGGGAAGACCAACCUUUGCAGUGGGAUGUCCCCUUAAUCGUCAUCAUUGUCCUGGCUGGAAGUUGUACGUUGCUCCUGGUGGCCAUCAUCACCAUUGCUACCACUUGCAACCGGCGUAAGAAGGAGAAGAAGGUGGUCUUGGAGGAACCUCUGGACACUUCUCACCUGGAGCAGGGCCAUCAGGAUGGAAGCGCCAGUGACGGUGCCCUCAACCCCUCCAGCCCCCACUUUGAUGUGCAUUCCUUCCCCAGCAAAUCUUCCUUCGCUAGUCCCGAGCCGUCUCCAGCCAGCGAAGAUAUUCCGGUUUCUGAGCACAGCCGGGAAACCACCAGUCUCUACGACAGCCAGAACCGACUCCGAGGAGCGAACGCGGAGUCUUACACUUCCACCCCUAGUUACGGCAAAGACCCGGCGGCCCCGGUCGCCAUCUGGAAGGGCCACUCUUUCAACACUCUGUCGGGCCGGGAAGGAGACAAAUUCAGCGGGAAAGACAGUGGCAAAGGGGACAGCGACUUCAAUGACAGCGAUUCUGACAUCAGCGGAGAUGCCCUGAAGAAGGACCUGAUCACCCACAUGCAGAACGGGCUGUGGGCUUGCACCGCCGAAUGCAAACUGCUGGGCCACUCGGACCGAUGCUGGAGUCCUUCCUGCGCUCAGACCAAUCCCCACACGUCCCCCCACCCCAAAACCCAACUCUCCACCUUCUGCAGGACCACCUCCUUGCCCCGGGACACCCUCCAUCGGGACCACUUCUAUCCCGCCCAGCUGCCGAAGACGGUCGGCCUGCAGAGCGUCUACGAGAAGGUUUUACACCGGGAUUAUGACCGGACACUGGGCCUGAGGUCCCCUCCUCAUCCGGGGAGAUUGCCUGACCUUCAGGAAAUCUCGGUACCUUUAUACGAAUCUCCCUCUCAUCAUUAUUUAGGUUCUCCUUCCGAGACCAGCAAAAAGGUUUAA